AUGGCAUACUCUGAUAGAACAUUAUAUCGUCCAUUAUACCAAAAACAAACUUACUCAAGUUGGAUGUUUCCAAGGGUAAUUAAAAGUAUCGCUGCAUGUUUAUCAUUCGCCUUUUUCAUUGCAAUACAAUUUAUUCAUCUAAACCAACGCCAUGUCAUUUCAAAUCAUUCUCCGUCGUCUUGGAAAUUUGAUGAAUCUAAAGUAUCUAUUGAUAGUAUUAGCAAUAUCAUAGUUGUCAUCGAUGGUGAUCAACAAGCAACCAGUUUACAACCUAUUUAUUGUAAACUAAAUAAAAGAAAUGAAAAUAUUUACACUCAUGUAAUUGUUACCGGCAAAGGUCGUGGAAUGGGCGGCACAAAACUAUUAAGGUUUAAUUCCCUAUUUCAAAAUUGUGAUGUAUCCGUAUAUGACCUAGAACUUCGUAAAGAUAUUUCUUCCAAUGAAAAUAUCGUAUCAUUGGUAUUUCAUGGAAUAAAUUAUGCGUUAAAUCAAAUUCGACCGGAUGUUUUGAUUUAUAUAAAUGAACCUGAAAGUGAAACUGUGCUUGGUAUUGAGGCCGCAUUAGUUGCUACUCCUGAAUCAAAUAGUAUUACAAAGAUUGUAAUACCUAGUAAGCAUACAAAAAAUUUAAUGUGGAUAACUGAUUUAUCUAUAGAGGCACUCAAAAACUGGAACACUCCAAAAAUUCAAUUACAAGUGGUCACUCAAAAUCGUCCAGACUCUCUAGCACGUCUUAUGAGAUCUCUCAAUUCAUCUAUUUAUUUUGGUGAUGAUGUGCAACUCACUAUACACAUGGAUCAAGGUUCUGAUCCUGUUACCAUUAAGUAUAGUCAAACAUUUGAUUGGACUUUUGGUCGAAAGAAUAUUCGACAUCGAAUAGUUCAUGGUGGUUUACUAUCUGCUGUGAUAGAAUCUUAUUAUCCUAGUGACAAUCAUGAUUACGCUGUAAUUUUAGAAGAUGAUGUUGAACUUUCUCCUUUCUUCUAUAUAUGGGCAAAAUAUUGUGUCUUAAAAUAUAGAUAUGGUACUGAUCGAAGUUUAUCUGGUAGAAUGUUUGGUGUUAGCCUUUACAACACAAAACUUAACGAAUUACAUUUACCUGGUCGUAGACCUUUUAAUCCUGCUCUGGCUUUAAGAGGUACAAUAUAUCCUAAUCAAUCUCCAUAUCUUAGUCAAGUUCCUUGUAGUUGGGGUGCCUUAUAUUUCCCUGAAAUAUGGCGUGAAUAUCGUAUUUAUCAAAAUGCUAGAUUAAAUGAUGUUAAUGGUCUUCAAUUACAAGAUAUAUCUGUACCAGGAAGUAGAUCAAAUCGUUGGAAAAAGUCUUGGAAACGUUUCUUUAUAGAACUUACUUAUCUUCGUGGUUAUGUAAUGCUUUAUCCUAAUUAUGAAGAUUCAAUUAGUUUUUCCACUAAUCAUGCUGAGAUAGGUGUUCAUAAUCAUAAGGAAGGAAAAAAACGUGAUGUUUUUCGACUUCCAUUAAUGAAAGAAGAUACUGUAUUGGAUGGUUUACCUGGUGGUCAUUUACCAAAUUUUAAAGAUUUACCAACCAUGGAUCUUUGGGGAGAGCUUAUACCACAAAAAGAAUUAAUUCAACGUGGACGUAAAUUACAUUUGAAAAUUUCGAGUUGUCCUCCUAGUGGUCUUGAUGAACUCACUUAUGACCCUCAAGAUUUAUUAUGUGUGGAUGAAGAAGUUUUACGCAUUAAAAUGAUGAAAUAUUCCGAUUCUGAAAUUAAUCCUGAUCAAGAUACUUCCGACAAUAUAAAAAUGGAUGAAUUAAUAGCCGAAAAGGAAAAUCUUGCAAAAAAUCCAAUAAUAAAAAUUGAUAAUCAAAUAGUUCUCUCUGAUCGCAAAGAGAAUAAAGUAAUUUUCUCUGAUCAUCAAGAGGAUCAGGUAUUUCUCUCUGAUGACAAAACUAAUAAAGUGAUUCCCUCUGAUCACAAAGAGAAUCAAAUAAUUCCCUCCGAUGACGAAGAAAAUAAAGUUAUUUUCUUUGAAAGAAUAAGGAGUUCCCUUUGA